AUGCCCCGACGCGGCGGGCUGAUCCAAAAACGACAUAUUGAGCAUGCAAAGAAGGUAAUCGUUGUAGCAAGCGGAAAGGGGGGCGUGGGCAAGAGCACAAUAGCAGUAAAUCUUGCUUUUUCCCUUGCAAUGCUGCCUCAUCGACCGCGAGUCGGCAUACUUGACUUGGACAUUUUUGGGCCUUCUAUACCUACAUUGAUGGGACUUCAGCAUUCGGACGACCCACGUUUAACUUCUGCUGGUGCUCUCGUCCCCAUAAUCAAUCAUGGAAUUCCUACCAUGUCUAUGGGUUACCUGGUCCCUCGGCCACCACCCGACUCUACGGAAUUUGAAGGGGCAAUUGUCUGGCGCGGCCUUAUGGUUCAAAAAGCCGUCCAGCAACUCCUCUUCGAUGUUGACUGGCGAGACGCUUGUGGAUCUGGUCCUGGGCUGGACGUACUAAUAAUAGAUAUGCCCCCAGGGACGGGAGAUGUUCCUCUUACACUGGGACAGUUAGUUGUCGUUGACGGCGCAGUCAUCGUUUCAACUCCACAGGACGUCGCACUAACAGAUGUGAGAAGAGGAAUUUCUAUGUUCAAAAAGAUCUCAGUUCCGAUAACAGGCCUCAUCCUUAACCAAGCAUCAUUCCUGUGUCCUUCUUGCAAUACCGCACAUGAGUUAUUUGGAACUUCAACUAAUGCAUCGCGCCUUGGGAUUCCUCUCCUAGCGCAACUCCCUCUUGUUGGGGGCGUGAGCCGUGGUGGAGACCGCGGCAUUCCAUACGUCCUUGAAGGAAAAAAUGGGAGUGACAAGGAUGGCAAGGCGGGAGAGAUAUGGCGAGAUGCGAUGAACGAAGCGGCAAGCAAAAUGUGGGGGUUAGUUCAUAGUUGA